CGGCAUUCAACACUGACAUUCCGCCCGCUGCGCCCGCCCCCCAAAGCGCCAUGCAGCAACAGCAGCCUCCGCCGCAGAUCUUCGGCGCCCAAUACGGCGCAUCGCCAGAUCUGCCCAACAUGCCGCAGAAUGGCGCCCAUUGGUUCCACUCCGAGCUUGACUACGGCUUCGACGACCAAGACGGCGAUGGUGACAACGCCGAGAACGACCAAGAUGGCGGCGACAACAGAGACCCUAAGCGACGGAGGAUCGCACGAGCGUGUGAUAUGUGCCGCAAAAAAAAGAUCAAGUGCGAUGGGAAGACGCCCAAGUGCAGCCAUUGUGAGAACUACAAGACAGAAUGCAUAUUUACGCACGUGGAGAAGAAGCGAGCGCCGCCCAAAGGUGCAAAAUACAUCGAGGGUCUGGAGAAUAGAUUAGGCCGCAUGGAGAACUUGUUGCGCUUGUCGGGCCUGCUAGCAGAAGACGAUGGCGGCCGAACAGACUUGGGCACUCUAGAGAAGCGCCUUGCCGAACGGCAGAACAAGAGCACAGCUGACAGCCCUGUGUCGCAACACUCGUCGAACAGACGGGGCAGUAAAGAUGGCAGCACGCCUGCCAAUCCGGAAGGACAAGAGCAGAAGGACAGUGGCCCCAAUUCAGCGCACGGCCAAACAUCCCCACCUGAGCCCGUCAAGAAUCCUCCUGAUGUGUUCAGACGCGAUGCGAAAGAAGUCGAUGCGCUUGCCGACCAGAUGUGCAGUCUGAUUACUAACCAAUGUGGAGAGACACGAUACAUUGGCUCCUCGUCGGGCUUCAGCAUAUUCAGUCCCAAAGGUAUUCAAUGGGUCAACGAAAAGACUGGAGAUACCAGCUUCCAGCAAAUGAUCGCUUCGGCCACGUCAGAGGACAAGCACGGUUGGGACCACUGGAAGCCGGAAGUCUUCAACGACCUAUUUCAGCGAAGAAUAUUCAAACCCUUGCCCGGUCGCCAAGAAUGCUAUGCCUUGCUCAAGGACUAUUUCGAGAACUUCAACAUCAUGUUUCCACUCUUUCACGAGCCUACGUUCAUGCAUCUCGUCGACAAACACUACUCCCUCGAGCCGUACGAUAGCUCUGGAUGGUGGGCCAGCUUGAACGUUGCCCUUGCCAUCGCCCACCGACUGAGGGUCAUGAGCAAUGUGGUUUCACAUGAAGAGGACGAUGUCGCGUGGGCGUAUCUUAAGAACGCCAUGGCCGUCAUGUCAGAGUUGACGAUGCGCAACACUGACCUGUUGUCUGUGCAGGCAUUGAUUGGAAUGGCGCUUUUCCUGCAAGGCACGCCGAACCCGCAACCAAGCUUUUUCCUUGUGGCUGCAGCAAUAAGGCUUGCUCACUCCAUCGGCCUGCACAAGCGCGGUUCGGGAUUUAACCUCAACGAAGUCGAGAAUGAACAGCGCAAACGAGUGUUCUGGAUUGCCUACCUCCUCGACAAGGACAUCUGCUUAAGAUCUGGCAGGCCGCCAGCGCAGGACGACGAUGACAUGAAUGUAGAUCUGCCGUCGGAAGACCCUCCUGACAACGUUGGCAAUGUACCGCUCUCCCAGGAGAGGCAUGGAAAGAAGACGAUGAAUCUCUUCAGACUGAUGUGUCAAUUCGCACAAAUACAGUCAAGAGUAUACAAGCAACUAUAUUCGGUCAAGGCCAGCCGUCAGAGCGACGGCGAACUGCUGAAUACCAUUGGUGAGCUCGAUGAGGCACUUGAGGAAUGGAAAGACAGCAUACCUCUCGACUUCCGGCCGGAGCACGAAAUCAGAGCUGCCCAUACGCCUCUGAUCUUACAUGUUGUGGUCCUGCACUUCGCAUACUACAACUGCCUGACGACAAUUCACCGGAUGAGCGUUCAUCACGGCUAUUGGACAAGUCGACUCAGCGAUUAUGCGGUCCAAGGUCUAAACGCGAGACCUCUGAAUCCACGCGUGUUCAUGAGUGCUGCCUUGUGCGUCAAUGCAGCAAGAACAAGUAUAGGUCUGAUUCGAUAUAUUCCUCAAGGCGAUUACGCCUGCGUUUGGUUGAUUCUGUACUACCCAGUAUCAUCACUGGUAACACUAUUUGCGAAUAUCCUUCAAAACCCGCAAGAUGCACGCGCAAGAUCUGACUUGAAGCUGAUGAGCAGCGUCGUGUCCUUCUUGACGAUGCUCGAACGGGAUGUAGCAGAGGCUAAUGGCAACGUGCGGCGCAUGCUGUCAGUCUGUGCUGAAUUUGAGCGAAUCGCUCGCGUGGCGCUCGACAAAGUGGAACGUGAAAUGCGAGGUCGUGGCAAGCGGAAGCAAGCAGAGCGAGAACUGCCAGCAUCAAAUGGACAACAGCAACCGUCGCCAUACAUGCCCUCGCAAGGGUCGACAAAUGCUAACGCCCCCUUCAACCCGAUGCAAUUUCAGCCUCCAUUGCCCAAUGGCAUGGACUUCACGACUCACUCACCAACGCAACAGCACCAUUCAAAUCUUCCUUCGGCUUUCAACCAAGUUGAUGUCUUCCCGGGGCCUAAUUUCCCCACAACAACAGGUGCUUCUGGGCAUCCCGACUUCUCAGGAAUGCCAGCUUUUGAUCCUUCGACUUCGGGGGUCGUCAAUAGUGCAGCGGGCGCCUUUCAACAACCAUUUGUACCUCAAGAUUUGUGGCAGAUGCCAAUGACUCUGGAGUGGGAUUGGGCGGAAGGGUUAGGUUUGGGCAGCUUUACUCCUGGAACCAUGAUGGAAGCACCAGGAGGACCGCCUGGAUUUGAUAUGGGUCACGAACCUGGAGGACAUAACAUGGGACCGCCGCAGUAAGAGAAGAUUUGGACUUGGUCCCGUUGAAGGAUGUAUCAUAUUGCACUGAUUUCUCAUUUGCUGCCUUAGAGCCCGCACAAUUCGUUCUUUGAGCAUCGGUCUCUGGUGUUCUAUUUGGCAGAGACAAGAGGGAUCAAUGAGUACUUACGACGAUAGAGAUGGGGACUUAGAAGGAAAAGAGCGUGGGCAACCAUUUUCGCUUUGAUCAAACUCGACUCAUUUAUGACAAGCCACCACAUCUUACAGUCUCAAAUCCGAUCUGUUGACGCAUGGAGUUGAGCUGGUCUGGACGCGGAGAAGUUGGUGACAGCAACUCGGCGUGAAGCUGUGGAGCCGCUCAAUCUUUCUUAUCUUUAUCGAAGCAUCGGAAAGUGACACCCCAGGAGUCGUCUAUGUAAGCAUUAGCACGGGUGCCAUGAUGACUGGAGGAAAAGACGCACUGUGCCGUGUUUCCCACUCUGGCGCCUCUCUCAAAUUGAUACACUUUUGCUUUCCGUAGCAUUUGUCGUACUGAUCUAUCUGUCAGCAGAAAGAUGACAUGAUUAGUGCUGGUAGAGACUUACGGUGCAAUCAUUCCAGUAGCCAAUGCAACAAGCUGUGCC